GCAGUAAAUAAAAAAUAAAAAAAUAAAAAGUAUUAUAUAAAUAACUUAAAUAAAUCACUAUGACAAUAUCCCCUGAACAAAGCCCGAAACUUGACGAUAGAUUAAGAAUCUCGAGCCCUGCACUCAUACGACCCUCUGGAAAGCAAAAAACACCUGUUAAGUUUACGCCACAAAAGUAUGCAUUAAACAAUUCUAACUUUCAAAUGCACGAAGAAGAGGAUCUAAUCGAUAAUUGUGAAAAUAGUGUUGAUAAAUGGUUGAAGGGUGAAAAGUUUGAUGGUUUUAACAUCCUUCAAGAAAACUUUAAACUUGGUUUUGGAUCAAGCAAAGAGUUUGCAGAGUUUCUCAAAGAGAGGUGUAACAUAGAAGAAACAUAUUCAAAAAGUUUAACGAAACUUGCACUUAAAUGUUCUGCUGCAAAUUCACAUGUUGGUACAUUCGAACCUUGCUGGAAAUUUCUUCAAAGCUCUACAGAGAAACUAGCAAAUGUUCAUAGUCAAAUUAUACAAAAUUUAAAUGAAGUUAGUAAGUCAUUAAAAGAUUAUAGUGAACAGCAGAAAGAAAAGCAAAAGCAGAUGAAAGAGGACUUUACAUCCACAUCUGAUGCUGUUGCUAAUCUUCAAAAUCUUAGCUCAGCUUUAUUAAAGGCCAAAGAACUCUAUGAACAGCGUUCACAAGAUGUAGAAAAUUGUCGGAAAGAUUUUAUAAAUCUAAAAGUCAGUCUUAAGGAUAUCAAAAGUGCUGAAGUAAAGUUUAAAAAGUCUUGUGAAGACUACAAACAAUUGGUUGACAAACGGGAAAAUGCUCGUAAGGAUUUUCAUGAAAAGAUGUGCACAAUAUCUCAGAAAUUGCAAACAGUAGAAGAGUAUCACUUAACACAAAUGCUUACUAUACUUAAUAAAUAUGGAGAAACACUUAAAGUUGAACGCUUUUUACUGGAUCAAAUCAUAGAUGAUUUCAGUAGAAGUAUGAUUACACUUACUGUGGAGCAUCUUCUUGAAAAUUUUGUUUCGACCAAACAUACUGGCAAAGAUAUACCAUUAGCUAUUGAUUUUAUUGAAGUUACUAUGGCAACCAAUCCUGUUGAUAUUGAUGCAAUAGCUACUGCAAUUAAAGAAGAUAAAAAAAAGAAAAAGCUGGAGAAACGAGACAAAAAGUUAGAGAAAAAGAAAAAAAAGGAAAAAAAUUUAGAAAAAGGACAAAAAGAAGCAUCAAGUGAUAAGGAGGGCUCUACAUUACAAUUAGAUGCUGAAGGUUAUAUUAUUCGACCAGUUGAUUCUGUAAGCAUCAAUUCAGCCAAACUUUCAAAAGAAAGUAAUUCAUCAGAUUCAGAUUCAGAUUCUGAUGAUGAAGGUCAACAAAAGCUACAAGUUAGAAUUAAACCUAUGGAAGAAACCGGUAGUAUGUCUGAUUUAUCACAGGAAGAAUUAAAAAAAAUAAGUGCUGCUAUAACACUUAUGAAACCUACACCAAAGAUGUCGCCAAAAAGUGAGGAAAAAAAAUUUGUUUCAAUUUUCUCAUCACAAGGAAAGCUUGCGCUUUCUCAAAAAUCUUUUUCAAACAAUGACCUGAUGAGUCUUCAAAAAAAUGUUGAGACUGCAAGUUUACGUAGUCUUCCUGAUGAUUCAUCGUUCUCUGCUUUUAAAGUAGAAAAAUCUGUUAGUGAGCAAGAUUUAACUACAAAGCAUGAAGAGAUAGUUUUCCAGCUUGAUGAUCAUAGCAGUAUGGAUUCCAUUGAGUCAAAGAAUUUCUCAACGUAUGACAGAGUUGCUACUUUAACAGACCAAAGGACUAGUGAUGGACAGCCACCAUUAUUCGCUAGAAAAUCUUUUUCAAAUAUUAACAAAGAUUCUUUGGUUUCUAUUGAUAAAUCAACUUCAAAUAAGUUAGAAAAUAGUAAUACCAACUUAAAUAAUACUUUAACUUCAGAAACUUUGUUUUCUGAUGAGUUUAAUAUUGGAACAUCUAUGGUUGGGAAUUUAGCUACUAAUAUAAAUUCAACAGAAGAUUUUGCAAACUUUGAUAUUUUGAAACCUACAAAUGAAAAGCGUCCACCUACAAAUCUUCCUUUACCUGUGUUUAAACCAAGACCGAAAUCUAACCAACCAAGUUCAAUAUCUUCUGCUGUUCCUCGUCAACAUAGCUCUCUAAUUACAAACAAUUCUUCAGUUAACAAUUCUUCAGUAGUGCAACCUGUUAACAAUUCUUCAGUUCAACCUGUUAGCUCUUUAUCAGAUUUACUUGAUAUAAAUUUUUCGCCUACUCAUCAUUCUGCUACUCAUCAUUCUGCACCAGAGAAAACGACAUCACAAUGGAUUAAUCUUGAAUCUCCAACAAGUAAUACAGUUUCUGUUUUUACAAAAAAUAAUGAGUUAUCACCUAACAUAUCAGCGUCUUUUACAGCAAAGUCAAAUUUUGCAUCACCAAAAAAUGAAUCCAAUUCCAAUGUAAGUUCAUCCAACAACAUCUUUAAUUCUUCUUCUACCAAUAUAUGUUCUCCCAACAGCAACUUUAGUUCUUCUAUUACUGAUCUUGUACAGCCUAAAGUUGCACACAACAUUGCAUCUCGAUCUCAUAGUGUGCCAGAUAUAGAUAAAGGAAUACCUAUAGCUGUAGCUUUUAUAGAAACAGUAAAUGGUUUGUUCAAAGGUUCAAAUAUUGCUAGUUGUGUUGUUAAGGUGACAGGCGAUAUGACUAUUUCUUUUCCGGCUACAAUUAUCAACAUUCUUUCCACUGACCUUAACCCUCCACAGUUAUCAUUCAACAUUACUGGAAUGUCAUCUCUGGAGCAAAUAUACCCAAACAAAGCACUAGUUGAGAAAGAAGGACAAGUAUUUGGAAAUGACAGUCUAGCAUUUAAGUUUAAUAUGAAAGCAUUAGCAUCAUAUUUAAUUAAACAGUCUACUGAACAGGGCUCUAAGGCUUCUUACUACAAUAUUGAUAUUCUUAAAUACCAGGUACGCUGCAAUGGUGCUAGUUCAUCACCUCUUCAAUUGACAGCUAAUUGGCAAUGUGAAAAAGAAAUAACAAGUUUUAAAGUGGCAUACAAAGUAAAUGAUACUUGUAUGUCUUCACCAGUUGCAUUAACUAAUGUAUCAAUAAUUGCUCCUGUGAAUGGUGUUGCGGCAAUGGUACAAUCGAAACCAGCAGCAAUUUGGAUUAAUGAACAACAAAAGUGUAUUUGGAAAUUAUCAUCUAUUUCUUCUGAUGAAUCUCAGGGUUACAAUUCUUUAUUUGCAAGCUUUGGUGUUAGCUGUGGUCCUUCAGACCCUGCUCCAAUUAACGUUCAGUUUAUGGGCGAAGGAAGCACUAUUAGUUUAUUACAGUUUGAACUAACAUCGCCUGCGUAUAAAUUAUCUCUUGUUAAAAAAAGAUUUGCCACUGGGAAAUUUCUUGUUGAUGGAUCAUGAAUAUGCUUACAUAACGUUUUGGCGCAAUUAUAUUAUUCGCAGAUAAAAAAAAAAGUUCAACAAUUUCACUGAUCUGCACUUUAAAUAGUAUAUAUUUUUUUAAUACGUUUACUAAAUCGAACAAAGCAGCCGUUAUAAUUAGCUUACAUUAAUUAAAUUUAAAGUUAAGCUUACUCUGGAAAUUCUCUGAAACGAAUUUUAUACUGUGAGAAAACGUAAACAAUCACUGCUUACUUUAAAAUAGCUUGCUUGAAAGUUAGCCUCGCUUGUUAAUAAGAUUUCUUUUCAUA